AUGCCAUCACCAAUGCCAAUGCCAAGCCCUCCGCCUUCACCACCAGCAGUGGUGUGUGGAACUUGGGGUGCCUGGGGCGCUUGCUCAGUGACUUGUGGAUCGGGUAGUCGUGAGAGGAGCCGCGGUGGCUCGUGCUCGCCAUACCGCGAAAGUGAAGCCUGCGACCAGGGCGCCUGUGUGGCGCCUUGCGGCGAAUGGGCACAGUGGGCAGCGUGUCCUGUGACUUGUGGCGGUGGCACUCGGUCAAGAUCUCGAUCAGGUGGCUGCAGCUCCUCCACCGAAUCUGAGGCCUGUAACUCAGAGGUCUGUCCUGUGCCAUGUGGAGCUUGGGGGCAAUGGUCCAGUUGCACAGCCACCUGCGGUGGUGGCACCCGCUCCAGAUCUCGCGGCGAAUGCUCCGGAACCAGCUCAGAAUCCGAGGCAUGCAACUCCAAUGCGUGUGUUGCAGCAGCAACCGCUGCACCAACCAGCCCUCCAGGGUCCUCCACGGCCUGUGGUGCGUGGCAACCGUGGAGUCAGUGUACUGCCAGCUGCGGGCCGGCCACCCGAAUGCGCUCCAGGGGUGGCGAAUGCCAACCAUUUCUGGAGUCCGAAGCAUGCAGCCAGGCUGCGUGUGUAGCACCAAGUCCCCCCCAAAAUCCUGUGGCAUCCCCUAGCCCAACCACAGCAACCACCAUGGCAACCACUGUGGCGACUACGGCAAGCACCGCAGUCACUGGACGACCACUGACUAGUAACGUAGUGGAGGUGAGGAUGCGAAUUGCCUCUGAUUUCAGCAAUGCAGCUAGGGACAUUGACACCUUCCGCGAAAGUUUCCGACAAGGCAUGGCAGAUGCAGCUGGAAUUUCCAAAGAUCGAAUUAUCGUCAACUCAAUUACGAGAGGAUCCAUUGUUGUGGACUUUCUCGUGAGAGGUGCCGAGCAGAUGGGCGAGAUCUCAGCCGCCCAGGCGGUGCAGGAUCUGGAGAUCCGCCUAGAAGAUCAGACUUAUUCAUGGCCUGCAGUACUGCGACCCAUGAUGGCUGAAGGAGCGAGUGUUCAAGCGAAGAAGACCACCACGAUGAACCAGGCGGAGCUCGAUGCUAUGGUGGUUUUAUCCAGCGGAUCGAACACGGUCUUCCUAACACCUGAAGCCGGUUUCGCCGCGCCCCCUGGCUGCAGCUGCGUGGCUGGCGAUGGCAUCACUGCAGGCUGUGCCAAGCACAAGGGUAUCAGCCCCGCGUGGUGCCUUGUUGCCAGUGGCUGCCGAGAGAGCAUGGAGGGCGUCUUGGGCCCCUGGGCCUUCUGCGUCGAAUCUGCGAACUCUGACGCAUCUCCCGACCCCAACAAGAUCAUCAUUGCCUCCGGAAACGGGUCAGCGGUGAAAAUUGCGUCGAUGUGGCUUCUGGCGAUGAGACGCCAGAGAGCAGAAGCACUUGAAAGGCAGGAGCGCCUGGCCGGAGAACGCUUCCUCAAAGCGGAGCAGGAGAAAGAGAAUCAGAAACAGAUCACAGAGUUUCAGGAGCGUGUAGCCACCCAGUUGGCGACGAAGAAAGCGCAUGAGGCGAGACAAGAGGCGCUUCGUCGUCGAGUUGUCGAUGGCUCGGAUGAGCUGCGCGUCCUCAAGGAGAAACUCCAUGCAGCCCAGGUCAAUAAGGUUUGGGCCAAGCAGCUCUUGGAGAAGCAGGAGCGCGAUGCCAGUGAGAUGCAGAAAGAAGCCGUGAUGGCGGCGCAGCUCGAGGAUCUUCGCAUACAGUCGGAACAGAAGGACGAGCGGGAAAUGCAACAGAAGGCCUUGCGGAUGAAAGCGCUCCAGAAAGACAAUCAGGAGCUUCUGGCGCGCAAGAAUCAGUCGGACGAGGCGAUGCGGCAGUUUGAGCACGACAAGAGGUUGGUGGAGGAAGUGAUGGCGAAGGUUCAGGACGAGGAUCGAAGAGAACUGGCCUUGAGGGAAGAGAGGAAGAAGUCGGCCAUGGAAAUGUUGAUGCAGCAUCGUGAGGAACAAGACCGGCGGCGGCGAGAAGACGAGCUGAGACAGGCGCAGGAGGAGGAGGACAUUGAGGCCUAUGCUCGGCAGAAGCGUGCAUGGGAAGAGCGGCUGGCAAGAGAGAAGAGCGAACAAGAUGCGAGCCGCUGGCGGCUCCAGCAGGAGAUGCUGCGGCAGCAGAACCAGCGCCAUCGCGAGGCUCAGGAGGUGGAACGCCUUCGCGAGGAUCUUUGGAGAGAAGAGAAGGAAGAAGAAGACAGGCGAAAAGAGCUGCUGAAGGUGCAGAGUUGUCAUGUUUGA